AUGGCAUCUGCUUCGGUCCAAGGCCAAUCUGGGGACCAGCCGGUGUCUCCUCAAACCGAAAUCCAAAGGCUGCUGAAAGCUGGAAUUAAGUUCUUCCAGGACAACAAAGACCUCCAAGCUCUGGAUGUGUUCAAGAAGGCCUUCCUGCUCUCCAGUCGCCUCCCGGAGCCCCUCAUGCAGGCCCGGUGCCUCUUCAACCUGGGGGCUGCUUACAUCGCCACCGGCAAGCCCAAGAAAGGCCUGAAGUGCACCUGGAAGGCCAAGGAAAUGGGCGCCACCACGGAGAACGACGGCGACUUUUCCUUCAACAUUGCGGCAGCUUACGACGCAAUGAGAGAGCAUGCAAAAGCUGCGGAGUUUUACCGGAAGGCCGUGAGGGAAUACAAGGGCAGGAAGACCCCGAAGGUCGCAGAUGCCCUGAUCAAACUUGCCUACUGUUUGGCCACCAUGGGCAACGCCACUUCAGCCGCUCAGUCCUUCCGCCUUGCAGGCCGGGCCUACCAAGAGGUGCAGCAACUGGAAGAUGCUGCCAUGGCCCUGCGGGAGGCAGCAAAUUACUUCCUGAGGAGCCCAAAGUACUGCCCAGAAGAUGCGCUGGAGGUUUUGCAAGCGUGCAGCCAACUAUGUGUUGCCAUAACCAACUUGGAAUUGCUCGGCCACCUCCACAACCACCUGGGGCUGCACUACGCAGAACUGAAGCGCUUCACCCAAGCGGAGGAGCAUUUUGUGGCAGCCCUGCGGCUCUGCAGGGGGCAGCACUUCUCCCUCCGCAAGAGAGCCGUCCUGCUGCAGAACCUGGGGGGCAUCUACAACGCCCAGCAGGAGUCCUGGCGGGCCCUCCGGUACCACGGCGAGGCAGCCGACACUUAUGGUGUGCUAGGAGAGAGGGCGGCUCAGGGCCAAUGCCUCUACAACCUGGCCAGUGCCCACAGCCAGCUUGGGAACCAUCAUGAUGCCCAGCUUCACUACCAGCAGGCGGUGGCAGCCUUUGUGGACGCAGGUGACUCUUAUGGGGAGGCCCAGGGAUGCGAAGGGCUGGGGACCGCCCAUUUCUGCCUGGGCCACCCGGAUCGGGCCGUCCAGUAUUACAAACAAGCGCUGGCUCUGUUUGAGAAGUCAAAGGAAGCAUCUGAUGUCCCCCGAGAACGAAUCCUGGAGAAACUGGCUGAUGUCACCAACUAUCGAGAGACUCUCUGA